AUGCCUUACCUUAGCCGUGUUCCAUCGUCUCGAGAGCUUGGACGAACCCGGUCCAAGGUGCAUUACAAGAAGAAGAUGGAGGCUGAACUAAGAUUGCGAGCUACAGAGGAGGAUGCGGGCGAAACCGCCAAGGAUACCGACGCCAAGGACAAGGCUCAGCUGCGGCGAGCUCAGGUCAGGAAGGCUCAGAUUCAACACCGACAGAGAAAGGCAAACUAUGUCAAGCAGCUGGAGCUCGAUGUGUCUCAACUGCGUGACCUAAUCACCCAGGCCCAGCAAGAGACGUCCCAGAUGCGCAAGGAAAAUGACGGCAUCCGAGACCUAAUCCGGAGAACCGAGCCAACACAGCACACAUAUCCACAAGCCGACUCUACCUAUUUCUCAAACACAGAUUCUCCUGGCACCCGCCUGGGUGGCAUGUCCGAGCUAGAUACCCAGGAAUGGCUCACCGGCGGACAUUUGUCCGACUUGGACCUGAAUCAAAACCCCCUGAUGCCUUCAACCUCCAACGACGCUGAAAUGUUUGGCCACAUCAACGUCGACGACAUUACUGUGUCACUGGGCAUCCACGAUCUCCUAGGAACGCCAUGCUUCACCGUCAGCAACCCUUCAACUGGCAGCAGCGUGCAGGGCUAUGCCAGCCCGCCCAGCUUUGAAAACCCUCCCUUGACGCCGCCUCUUACUCCUCAACAAGAACAGAUUGUGAUGAAUUGGAUAUUAGCUCUCGAAAACAUCUGCUGGGACCACUUCCAAUCCAACGAUUUCCACUCGCACAUCCCCGGCGAGACUGAGGGAGGCAACAACCAUAUCCUCACAGCAACCUCCCUCAUGAUGAACGCCGCACCCGCAUCCAUCUUCACCGACCGCCAGGUCUUCGCAGGCAUAGACCCUACCACCACACAGGCGCCCACCUUCCGGUGGCAGGCUACCGGCGUCUCCAUCAGCUCCCUCUGGCACCUGGCCCAGUUCGAGGUUGACCCGACUGAGAUCUCUCCCGCGCAGAUCUGGUUCGACUUGGCGUCCAAGUAUUCCUACGAACUGCUCUUUGCAGAUGGCUUGUUGACAACCCUGUUGGUUGAGCUGAGGCCCUUCAUCAGGUGUAUAGAGUUUGGCGCGGCUAUUAAUAGGCAGCUGUACGAGGACAUUGUUGAGAGGAUGAUUGGAUUGCCGCCUGUCGUAUGA